CAGGCAGACGUACACGUACCUAUGAAAGUAAACAACUGAUGAACCUAAAAGAAAAUUCUCAGUUGGCUAGCAUAUGCUGCCGUUGUCUGUUCUAUCAGUUACGUAAUUAAAUCAAAACAGUUACCCGGAAUUUGCCAGUUGGGAUGUUGAGAUCAACCGCGAACCGCUUGAUUCGUCAAUCAUUUCAGAUUUAUCAAGGUGCUAGAUUUUCGAGUACAGAUCAACCAAGAGUUUUUUCAACUGGAGAGGCAUCACUUGUUGAAGUUUUGAAACAAAAGUUUCCCAAAGCAAAAUAUAUUGAAGUGCAAGAUAUAUCAGGUGGCUGUGGUGCCAUGUAUGAAAUCUAUGUGGAGACUCCAGAUUUUAAAGGCCUUAACACAAUCAAACAACAUAGGUUAGUCACCGAAGCCCUUAAACAACAGAUAAAGGAUAUGCAUGGUGUCAGAAUUCACACCAAAUUGCCAAGAGAUGAUGAAUAAUUCCUGAAUGCAAGGAGCAGAAUAGAAAAGUCAGUCAAGGUUUGAAAA